UCUUUGUGAAUUUCUAGAUUGUAAUUAGUUUUGUGUAACAAGUACUAAGUGGGGCUCGUGUGUUAGUAGUAAACAAAUGUUUUGACACAAGAACUUUGCUGAUUUUGAAGUUAAAUGAUUUUAUAAUGCCAUUCUUUGAAUUUAGAUAACUGGUUUCAUUCAAAAUUUUAAUUACAAUGAUUGUUUAACAACAUAAAGUAUUUGCUUCAAUUAUGGGUGUAACGGGUUUGUGGAAACUUAUAGAGCCUGCAGGACGCCCAGUUCCACUUGAAACAUUAGAAAACAAAGUUCUUGCUGUUGAUAUCUCGAUAUGGAUACAUCAAGUAAUCAAAGGCUUUCAAGAUUCCCGCGGUGGAACUGUACCCAAUGCUCAUUUACUUGGUCUCUUCAACAGACUCUGUAAACUAUUAUACUACAGAGUCAAACCUGUCUUUGUAUUUGAUGGAGGAGUGCCUAAUUUGAAAAUCCAGACAAUCGCAAAAAGAAAUCAAUUAAAAAAUAAGUAUGUGAGUGAAUCAGAACGAAUACAGCAACAAAUUCUAAAUACUCUAGCCAAACAUAAGGCUGUUCAACACUUAUUAAAAGGUCAAAUUAAAAAUGUAUCUCCUAAAAAAGCAUCUCCAGAGAAAGCAGUAAGUUCAAAACUAGAUGGAGAUGACGAUAUGUUCAAAUUACCGCCAAUAGUUUCACAAGAAUUAGUGGAAGAUAUUGUAUCGGAAUCUGAAUCUGAAGUUGAUACUAGUCUUGAAAAUACCAGCUGGACCGAUUUACAUACUGUCGACGUAGAAAGUAAAGAAUUUAAAAGUUUACCAUUAGAAACACAAUAUGAUAUUCUACAAGAUUUGAAAGAAUCUCGCAAGCAGUCAUCAUGGGGUCGCAUACAUGAAUUGCCAGACCAAAGUGAUGAUUUCAGUUCGUUUCAAAUGAAGCAUUUACGAAAGAGACGAGCUGUCCAAAUGACACUCGAUGAAGUGGAAAAAGAGAUGGGUGGGCAUUCAUUAUCUAUAACUGAUUUAGAAAGAAUUUUAACAGAUGAAGGAAUAUUAGCCGCUGAAGAAAGUUCCGCUACUAAAAAAAUUACGAGCCAUGAUUCAAAGAAAUAUUUAUAUAUUAAAGACUUAAAAGCAGCUAUUUCAGAAGCGCUUAAAAAUAAAAAGGAUGAUGAGCCUAGUACUAGUAAAUUACCUAGAAUCGAAGAAAUUAGCAGUGAAGAUGAAUAUGAGAAACAACUAAGAAGCAAAGUUGAUCAUGAUUUACAAGUUUUGUUGUCCCAGAAGAGAAAAGACAGUUUAGUAAAUGCAGAUGUUGAAAAUCUAAGACCCAAGACCAAAGAUUCAUCACAAAUAGAUGAUAACUUAGGUUCAGAAUUUGAUGAGGAUUUACAAGCUGCGAUAAAAUUAUCUUUGCAAACAGACAAUUCAGAAGUAACUGAUAUGCUAUUUGAAAGUUUUAAUGAAACAUUAGACGAAUCGAACAUUUAUGAACCUGAAUCUAAGAAUAUGGCUUUAGCUCGAGCAUACAUGAUGGAAAAUAGUGAUUUAACUCAAGAAGAAAUUCAUAGAUUAAUUCGAGAAACAAAUAAGAAAAAAAUGGCCAGAGGUUCACAUAAAAUCAAUAUAGAUCACAUUCUAAAAAAUUUACCAGCUUCAAAACCAAAAGAAGAAGUGGAAUCUCAUUUUAUAAAACAGGAGAGUGUAUUUUAUAAGGAAACUGAUUUAAAAAUUAAUUCAGAAAUAAAAUCAACAGAGGAGUCAAGUGAAUCUGAUAAUGAUUUUGUUGAAGUAUCGAGCAUCAAAGAAAAUAAACCUGAAAUGCAUGAAAAUAAAAACAAAUCUAUUAUAACUGUAUCAAGUGAUUCAGAUUCUGAUUUUGUAGAAGUUGCCGCAGAAACAAAUGUUCAACCUAUAGAAAUAAUUAUUAAAAAAACUGAGAAUGUUCAAGACGAUAUCUUUGAAGAUAUAUUUAAUGAAAUCGAUCAUAAAAAAAACGAAAAACCUGAAAAAUCAGUAUUCGAUCUAUUAUUAAAUAUGAAACCUCAAAAUAAAGUGCAGUUGAAAGUUGAAAAUGAGUUAAAAGAUAAUGAAUUAAAUGACAGUAUUACAGAAAGAAUAAAAUUAUCUCUUGAAGUAAAAGUUCUAACUGAAGAAUUAACUCCCAACUCAAUAAUAAAACCCAAUGAUCAAAAUGCUCUGGAUGAAGUUAAUGCAAAUGAAGUAGAAAUUAGUGCUGAACAUGAAAUUGUUACUAUUGAUGAAGAAAAGGAUUUAUUAACUUCUGAAAUUCCUAUUCAUGAUAUUCAACUUUCGUGUGAUAAAACUGAAAAAACAAUUAUAAUAUCUAAUGUCCCUGCCUCAGAUGAUUCAAAAACUGAUAAUACUAAAAAACUUAGUGACAUUGAAUGUAAAAAUCUUAUAAAUGGAUCGAAUGUGUUGAAUGAGGACACAAAAAGUCUCAUCAAUGAUAAUGAAAAUAAGAAGAAUGAACUCACUAAUGACCCUGCUAGCUUUGAAACACCAGAAAAAAAUGAACCUGCACUGGUUGUAGCACCAAUGUCAACCAAAGAACUUGAAACUAUUUCAGAUCAAUUACAAAAAGAAACUAAUCAGCUAAUGCUAGAAAAGUCCAAGCAGGAUCGAAUGGGUAAUACAAUUAGUGAACAAAUGACUAAAGACAUUCAGGAAUUGCUACAAUUAUUUGGAAUUCCUUAUAUCAUAGCCCCAAUGGAAGCUGAGGCACAGUGUGCUUUUCUUAAUGAGAUAAAGCUCACUGAUGGCACUAUCACAGAUGACAGUGAUAUAUGGUUGUUCGGAGGAAAAACAGUUUAUAAGAAUUUUUUCGAUCAAAAGAAACAUGUCAUGGAGUUUAGAUCUGAAAACAUAUUCAACCACUUUAAGCUAGGCAGAGAGCAACUAAUUCAAUUUGCAUUAUUAGUUGGCAGUGAUUAUACAACAGGAAUUCCUAACGUUGGCCCAGUCACAGCUUUAGAAAUAUUAGCUGCUUUUCCUUCAGAAGAUGAUAUAUUAUCAGGUUUAAAAAAUUUCAAGAUUUGGUCUGAAAAGGGUUUUCCUGCUGCACCUGGAAAGACCGCACUUAUAUCUAAAUUAAAAAAAGUGAAUUUAUUUGAUGGAUUUCCUAGCAUUCAUGUGGUCAGAGCGUAUUUGGAUCCUACAGUUGAAACAAGUAAAGAACCUUUCCGAUGGGGUCAGCCAGAUCUUACUGUCUUACGAGAGUAUACAAGAACCAAGUUUGGAUGGACCACAGCAAAAACAGAUGAUAUAUUGAAACCCGUGAUUGCAAAAAUGAAUAUUAAACAAACACAGAAAUCUAUUAAAGAUUUUUUCCAUAUAAGGGAUCUUAAGAUUGGUAGUGUUGAUAAACUUAGUAAAAGAGUACAAUUAGCUGUUGAUAAAUUGUCUGGAAAAGUUCCCGAUGAGAACAAUGAGGAACCCAAAAAAGAAACAGCUACAAAAAAGCCAAAGAGACAGAAGAAACAGCAGGAUGCUCCAAGUCAAUCAGUUUAUACAACUCAAAAACCAGUAAUAGCAAAAAAAUCUAAUACAAAAUCUAAAGAAAGUACCAUUGCCAAAAAACUGCAUGCUAAAGAAGUUAUACCACAAAAAGAAAAGGACAAAGUUGAAUUGUUGAAGAAUAAAAUGAAAGCAGUAGAAGUAUUUAAAAAAUCGCAAAAAAAAUGUAGUAAUGUUAAGAAUCAGAAACAACAUAAACAAGAACCUCUUGCUGAUGCAAAUUUAUCAGAAAGCAGUGAUGAUUAA